AUGAGACGCAAGUUCAUUUUUAUCUACUUAACUUGGUUCUUUUUUCUUCUACAUUUCGGAAGUCUUUACAUAAAAGAAGAAUCGGGAGAAGAGUAUUCGAAAGGAUGCGCUCAUCUACAUUGCGAGCGCGGCAGUCAAUGCAUCAAACGGAGGUUUUGGUGCAACGAUCCACCUUGUCCCGGAAUGUUGUACUGUUCCAAGUCUAGAAAAGAAUCAUUGAGAGGACCUCCAACGUGCGACACUGUUCGCUGCAACAAAGGACACAUAUGCAUUAUUAAAGUUAGAGACUGCCACUGGGAUACAGGAUGCAAGCUGCAAAUAGCGCGUUGUGUAUCAGAAAAGGAAUAUUAUGAGGGUGCAGCUUCUUGCGUCGGCUUUAAGUGUCCUUCUGGAAAACAUUGCAUCUUGCGAGAAACCCAUUGCAUCAAUCCACCCUGCAAGCUUAUCAGAAGCUGCAUAGCCUCAGCAGACGUGCAGAUUUUGUUCGACGAAUGUAGAAGUUUGAACUGCACCUCGGAAUACGAGUGUUUCUUACGACGAAAAGAAUAUUGUUCUAAUCCAUGGUGCCCGCAUGUAUCUGAUUGCGCGCUUACCAUCGAAGACGUGCUAAUCAGCAAGUACUGUUACGGCUGGAUUUGUCCGCGAUCGCAAAAAUGCAUAGUACGAAUUGUAGGUCCUUGCAAAGGUUUUAACUGUAUCAUCCAGAGAUCAUGUCGUACAAUUAUGACGUCGUCGGAUGAGCCGACUUUGACGACUUCAACGCAAAGUUUACGCCAUACGACAGCCACAAUACUUGACACGGAAGAUUCAUUGACUCAUCGACAAGCCGCAACUACAAGAAAUCUAAUCACGAAAUCGUUCAAGACAUCAACAAACCAACCGGAUUUGACGCUACCUUAUUCUCAAUUUUGGUGGAAUUACAAUAAACUAUCGACGAACAAUUCCACCGAUGUUAUUAAGAUUACUUCUAAACUCGCUGACUUGUCAAACGAUGCAACUUCUCCGGCAGGUUUGCCUGUCGAAGAAAAGAUUGAGUUAACUACGUCGGGUGAUACGAAAAGAUUAGAGAUGCCAAAGAUCUAUAUAGCAAGCAACAACACCUUGCCACUUCCCAUGGUGUUUGAAGACAUUAAGUUUCUCGGAAAUUAUCCGAUCUGGAUAAAGAACGAUCCGUAUCCGAUAUCGCCAGAUAUAGACGACGAGGAUAACGAUGCAUGGGAACCACAGGAACCGCACAGGAUUUUACUGCCGCCAUAUGUGCCGGUGGUAAUAGGACGAGGACAAUUCCUUCCGGUUUUUAUUAAUACAUUUGAUCGUCCUUUUAACGAGGCAACAGCUUUAAUAUCCUUGCCAGAAUUAACAUUUAUAGAUACGAAGGAUAAUAUCUCGACAAUUAUAGACAACAAAAUGGAUAAAUAUAUCAAUGAUUCGUCCAGUUAUUAUACGAAUUUUUCCGCGAUGAGAAAGACAAAUACUAUUCCACCAAAUAUUCACGAAGAAUCGGACAAUUAUUAUUACGACUACGAGCAGGGACUGCUAUUUAUGAUUCAUGAUCUGAAACGGUCUGAGUCGGAAUCAACGCAUGAACAAGAAUUCAAAUCAAGCAUCGCUGAUUCUGCAAUGGAUAAUUCGUAUGGAAAUUAUACGGCGGCUGACAUAGGAACUUUUGUGAAAAGUCAAAUUGGCGACGAAAAUAGAAGUCGAAUUUCUGUAACACGAUUCGUGGACAAUAAUAAUGCUACGUUCCAUCCAUCUAUUACAACGGGACAAAGUGAUUACAGUUCUCGAGAUGAGAAACUUUAUGGCCUUGCAAACUAUCCUUACGACACAAUAUCCGUUGACUACAUUGACAAAUCAGAACGCGAGUAUGAAGAAUUUCUUUUAAAUAAGAUUUUGAACGAUUCGUUGAACGAGGAGAAUCAGUCGGAUAUUCCAUUCACAUUUCCCCUCGAUAAGGCAGACGAGGAAACGAACGUACAAUAAUGUCAUCCUCUUCCACAAGAGACAUCUCCUUAUUAUGCUUAUAAUAAUAAUGACAACUAAGCGUAUUAUAACGAAUAUUAAAGCCACGACAGCAAUAUCAAAAAUGACGGAAUCGUGAUAGGAAACGAUUUCGUUAUGUUUGAGCGCAUGAAUGAUUUUUAUUGCCUCUUUAUUAUAUCGUUAUAUUUCCUCUUCCGUUCUAUGGGGUAAGAUCGUUUUUGUAAAUGUCAAAAUUCUUCUAUGAUUAUCAACCCGGGAGUACGAUCAGCAAAUACAAUACAAUGAUAACGAAAUAUUUUAUAUAUUUUGAAGAACAAUAGUAAUCUUAAUAGUCGCUAUUUGCGAGAGAAUGUAUCUCGUAUGAGAUACUUUUAUUAUGUUCUAAUCGCGUUAUAAACGAGUUAAUUGAAUUCAGAUUUUAGAUUUUUAUCUUUCACUCAAUAUUUUAAUUUUUGUCUUCUCUAUAUUAUAUCUAUCUAAUAAAUAUUUUUCCAUUAGAAUAACGACAUUAUGUAAGCUUGUUUAUGUAAGCCAUUAGAAUGAUAAUACACACCGAAUAAUUUCUUCGCCAUUAAAACAUCUUUAAGACUAUUUAAUCAUUUAAUUAUUGCCUCUUGUUUUCAUCGCUCGUCACCAUGAAAUCUUCUCGUGACUGAACUAAUCGCACCACCACGUAAGUUCCCGAAACUGCUUCUACAAGUUUCUACGAAGCAGAAGAGAGACAGGAAGGGCAGGGAAGU